AUGGUUGUCAGGAAAGCACCUGUUGGUCACAACUCACCGCAUGUCAAUUCACUUCCUCCGCAAACUGGCGAUUCCACCGUUACGCGUACUGCUAUGAAUGACUUAGAAGAUAAUAAUAAUAAUAAUAAUAAUAAUAAUAAUAAUAAUAAUAAUAAUGUGUAUUACCAGGUAGUCACAAGUGCACUUCAAAAUUUUUCAAGAUCUGAUACUUCUUUACCGUCAAAUUCAAGCAGUGUGACUGCUAUGACACCAGUUAAUCAGCCAUCGGCAACUUCUGCACAAGACAUUGUUACAAGUGGUCAUUAUAAUGAUGCCGGUCAUUCGAACACGUCCGUUGAACAAGUGACUGAACAAAAUGAGUCACCAGACACAGAGUCUGAAACGAAUUUUCCUCAUCAGUUGCCUCAGCCUGUAUGGUCAGUUUCAGGUUUUUCUAAGAAGCCGUCUUCUGGUGACAGCACACAGAGUAGACCCUGA